AUAUGUACAGGAGGACACCCAGAGCUGGAAAUCCCACAUACUCAGCAACCCCUGAGGAAUGACGGAAAUCACCAAGGCCAUGAGCCCUGUCAGAUGCAGACAGGCUGUCAGCAAGACUGAGUUCCCCCUCUGAAACAGAGAGUUGUUGGCAAAAUAUGCUCAAAAUGAAACUGUUUUUUUUUUUUUUUUCCUUUCUACGACCUGAGGCUUGAACAGGGUUCAGAGCUGCUUCAACACACUUGCUGAAUACCCUUGGGCAAAUGACAGCUCAAAUGGCAGAGUAUGACACAUACUGUAUAUGGUUAUGCAGAUCUACUGAUGGGAACCAAUUCCCUGGCUGAAUUGAGCAGAACAGGACAUGUGUGUGCAAUCUGAAUUUGCACAAGUCAACACUCAGGUUGAACUGUGCAUGUGCGCCAGUCUUUCGCUUUGACAACUAAGGUGCCCAGGGCACCGUCUUGGAGCAACACAGGAGGAAAGUGUGCCUUUCCACAACAGUACACGGAAUGAAUAUGGUGGGUCAUUACACAGCUCUGAAUGGGACACUGUCAAAAUUUUUCUCCUGUAUGGGUGGUAGGAAGAUGCUGAUCUGUUACAGAGAGGCUCAGAGCAGGAAUCUCUUUGAGUCUCUCCAAGUUUCCACUAACCACAGCUCCUAAGUCGAUUGUCUCUUCUUUUCCUCCAGCAAGCAGAAGGAGCAGUUCAAUGCGGCAGGGGCAUGGGUUGGCAGCCACUCUGGUACCACUCUGGUACCUUGAAUCUAGCUAGGGCCCUCUCGCUGCCCUAGCUGAAAAUCCUGGGUGGGAUGGCAGUGGCUGACCAGAUGCCGCCUUCAGUGAGAGGCAGAGGUCAAAUGCCUCCCCGUUCUUCUUUCCUCAGGUUGCUAGUCUACUGCAUGGAGGUAACAGUGUCUCCAGACAAUCCCUUAACCUGUGACAGGUCAAAUGAGGAAUCCAUGAUGACCUGCUUAUCCUGGUCCAGCAGGCUGAAAAGAUUAAGCCAGCCCUGAAACGCACCUCUAGACACACCUCUAGGAUGAGAUCCAUGAUGACACAUAUUUCAUCCCCAAUGGUCAGACUCACAGAACUUAUCCAAAAGGUGACUCAUCUCCUGGAACAGCUCUGCCUGAUAAGAUGUCAGCAGAGUAAGAACAUUUAGAUUUUUAAUUGAGUGGACUGCUUAUUUGCAAACGUUUUUGUACCUGGUACAUUUAAUGAAAAAUAAUAUUUCAUUGGUCGAUGUUCCAACUCUAACUUUGUAAAGCUGUAAAAAAAAUUAUGAUGUAUUUAUGUAAACACAUAUUUAAGUAAACACACAAGAGAAUUUUCUAGACUCAACCCUAUGAGAGCCAAGAUAUGUGAUGUAAAAUAAAUAAAUAAGGACAAAGAAAAAGGAGGGAAAAAAUCUACAACUUCCCCUAUUUUACAGAAAACAGGGAUUUUUUUGGCUUGUAUAAAGUUGUUUUGUUUUCUCAUAUCAAAGCAGAGCGGUGAGUCAGUUUUUAUUUAUUUGGCAGUUGAGAGCUCGGGCACAUUCUCUAUUCCAAUUCAAGCAAUGAUAAUGCCUCUGUAAAUACUACACAUAUAACUGAUGUGACUGUGUUUUACACAACCUAAUGCCUUUACACAAUGCCCUAUUACCUCUCAUUAUUAUUGCUGCAACUCCUUUUGCCACUUAAACUGCGACAUUACUACAACUGUCUCCAACUUAACUCUUAUUUCAUUUCAAAUUACUUAAACAAAACCAAAUUUUAUCUCUUUAGAAGUUCACUGAUUGAAUUCAGUACGCUGACAUCCAUCCACAGAUCAAAUCAACUUUAUCAUUUUAAUAUACACUAAUGUUUGUGCUUCUGCACAUGGUAGAUACUGUAUUUUUUGAACAGUGAUUGUGUAAUCGCCAAUUCACUGUGUGCAUGGCCCUGUACUAUAGAAUUGCUGAUGUUUUUGUUGGCUUGAUUUUGUUUUGUUUUGUUUCUUUCCAAAAGGGGGGCAUCUGACUGCAACUACUGUUCACUUAGCACCAGUUUCAUUUCAUGGACAAUGAAUUUGAUCUAUAUAUUGCUCCUCCUCAUACUCUCUUUUGUAGUGUAACCCUGUGAACAUGGCAGAUCCUGAAGUCCUUCUUGUCCUGUCGACACGCCCUGUACAAAUAAUGGAUACCCAUUUUAAAGGUUCAAAUAAAGAAAAAAGUUCAAACAAAAGCAUGGGUCGACGUAAUCAGUUUAAUCCAAUCCUGCCAUGGUGAUAAGGCAGUGACGAGGUCCGGGAACACCGGUGAGUGGGGAGCUGAUACAGGGCAGGAGAUAAGGAGGGAGUCAACUGGUACCAUAAGAUCCUGAUUACCUAAGUCAAUAAAAACCCACUGUGAGAGCAGCUCAUUUACAAUGUGACUUCACUACCACAUCCUGAACCUGGACCAACAAUCUGUCAGCUCAAAUAACUGCUUCUAGAUAUUUUAACUCGGCAAAGCACUAAAAGCCAGCCUCUCCCCCUGCCACUGCUGAACACCUCAUCACAAUGCCUCAUCGCAACUGCUCUGUUGAGAUUAACAACACCUCUAGCUGCUACAUUCUGGCCAACCCAAGGGUGUUCACUGAGAGUGGCUGCUGUGAGGUCCCUCUGCCACCCAUGGUGGGUCCCUGCUCCGCUGCCACUGCACUGUUCAACAAGACCACCGGUGCUGCAACCGGUGCAGUUGGUGUCUUCACCUACGACCUUUUCAAUGCUGACCUGAAUGACUACAGCCACAUCAUGGCUGUAAUGUUCUCCGUGCCCUACGACCGAAAUCUCUACUCCAACUGGUUCGCUGUGGGGAUCUUUGACAGAGGAAAUGACUGCGACUACAAUUUGUAUGAUAUUAUGUAUAAUGGAAGUGAAAACAAUUUUGUAAGAGCAAAAGCUGAUGGCUCCUGCAUUUCUUAUGAGGGAGAUUAUGUUAUUGUCAGUGCCUCCAUGUCAGACUCAGGUGAAGCUGUCCUGAGGGUGGAUGUCAAUGACACUGGCAUGUAUUAAGUCAAAAGAAGGAACAUCCAACUGUUGUUAUGUAAGCCAUAUCAGAUGAUCACAGUAACUUUAAUAAAAUAUCACAUAAGUUGUGUGCAUUAACCAAAAAUACUUACAAUAUGUGUGGAAAUGACUGUACACUAGAAAUUGGCUUUAAUAAGCUGAUGCCUCACAAAUAAAAAAGAAGACUGGUA